AUGGCAGCCUUCGCAAAGAAAAACUUUGGCUACGCAGCCUAUGCCAACCACCGCCCCAUCUAUCCCACAACUCUCUUUACCGCUCACCUACUCCCCUACCACCACGGCCCCACCAACACCCUCCUCGACCUCGGCUGUGGCCCCGGCACCGUCACCCGCCCCCUCGGCGCCCACUUUACCCGUGCCAUCGGCGUCGACCCCAGCCCCGGCAUGCUCGAGUCCGCACGCGCCCUCACCCCGCCCGACAAAUACCCACACAUCGAGUACCACCUCGCAGACGCCGAGACGCUCCCCUUCCUGCCCGACGCAUCCGUCGACAUGGUUGUCUCCGCGCAGGCUGCGCACUGGUUCGACCUGCCGCGCUUCUGGGCAGAGAUGGCGCGGGUGAUGCGGUCGGGUGGGACCUUGGCUGCGUGGACGUACAAGGACUUUGUGUUUCCGGGGUUUCCGGCGGCGAGUCUGGUGGUUGCGCGGUACACGUAUGGGGUUGAUAAGAUGGGGCCGUGCUGGCAGCAGCCGGGGCGCACGAGGUGUCAGAGCCGGAUGCGGUUCCUGGACCCGCCCGCCGCGGAGUGGGAGGGUGUGGAGCGCUGGGAGUAUGAGCCGAAGGUUGAGGGGGGCGCCGAGGAUUUGAAGGAGUUGGGGUAUGCGAAUGAGGUGGAUGAGACGGAGGGACUGGUGAAGCGUGGGGUGCCGCUGUUGAGUCUGAAGUGGAAGCUGGGAGAUGUGGAGAGUUAUGCGAGGACGUGGAGCGCGGCGCAUGAGUGGGGGGUGAGGAAUGAGGGUGGCGAUGUCAUUGGGGAUAUGUUUGCGGAUAUUAGGAAGGCGGCGGGGUGGGAGGGGGAGGGGUGGAGGGAGAGGGUGGUGGAUGUGGAGUUUGGGCAUGGGGUGCUGUGCGUUAGGAGGAAGUAG